UUACAACACAAUCUCAGUCUGUCAUGAGCGUCUCCUCCUCUCUUGUCAGCACACAGUUACUGGACCAGAACGCACGCAACACCUCUGCGCUUAACAAGAAGUUAAUCUGGAACAGCUGAGACAGCAGCUCUUGACAGGAUGAAGGCCGUGAUUGUGUUGCUUGUACCUCUUCUGCUUCCCUUGGUCUCUGCUCAGACAUUUCGUUGGGGCCCCUGCCCAACACCAAUGGUCCAGCCAAACUUUGAAUUAAACAAGUACCUUGGAAAGUGGUAUGAGAUUGAAAAGCUCCCAGCAAACUUUGAGAAAGGCAAGUGCAUUGAGGCAAACUACGCACUAAGACCUGACAACACCGUCCAAGUUGUCAAUGUUCAGACAUACAAAGGAAAAAUUCGAAGCACAGAGGGCACAGCAAUCACUCAGGACCCGAGGGAGCCAGCCAAGCUUGGAGUCAGUUUCUCCUACUUCACUCCCUACGCCCCAUACUGGGUCCUGUCUACUGACUACAACAGCAUUUCGCUUGUUUAUUCAUGCACUGAUGUUCUCCGGCUCUUCCAUGUGGACUAUGCCUGGAUCCUGUCACGCUCACGCUUUCUCCCCCCAGAGGCCAUCUACCAUGCCAAAGAGAACUUCUCACGUGACAACAUCGACGUGAGCAAAAUGUUUCCCACAGAUCAGCAAGGAUGCGAUGGUCCUCUUUAAACAACAAAGACUGAAAUAUAUAUAUUUUUGGUUUAGAAAAGUGCCUUCACUAUCACUAUUAUGGGUGAAAACAGUUUGAGUUAUCAUUAUAAAAUUACUGUUGCAUAAAACUGUCAACACAUAAUAUAACCUAAUGUGUAUAUGUAUGUUGUACCUUUUAAAAAUAAUAAAUUAAAUGCAUUAUCCUUUCCUUAUGUAGAUUUUGCUUAUGGAUUUCUGUCAUGUCAUUCCUGAGAGACGUUAUUUUAUUAAACAGGUGUUUAUUUUAUAAAUAUACUGGAGUCCUAUCUGUUCUGCACAAUUUGAGAUAUUCAUUGGUCCUCAAGAUUGUGUUUUCUAUGCCUUUCUGAAUGCUUUAUGUCAAUAAAAAUGUGAUUUCUAUUGGAAUAUUAAUGAAUUAAAAUGGAAUUAUGUUCUUGGAAUGUAA